CUGCACGCAAACUACCAUUUGACUUUGACUCAAGAGGCUUCCCAUUAGUGUUUGCAGUCAGCGGCCAGAGUCCCACUUUGUUGAUUUAGUCAUGAUGACGGGGAACAUUGAACUGUUCUGCGCUCACCUGCUUGGCUUGUAUCUUAUAUUUUCUCAUCCUCACACUGAGGGCUGUGCUGACUUUGGUUCUCUGCCACCAAAACCAAACAUUCGUAAUUUUAGUGCCAAUCAAAGCCUUGUAGUGAGCUGGCCAAGGAACAGGGGAGCAUCGGAGAGCGACGUUUAUGAGAUCCAAAUCGGCCGCACAAAAAGUCGCACCAUUAUUUAUAAUAGAAAUGUGAGCAUACCUACCAGGGACUCGGGUUGGUCCACUUUGACGUGGAUCUCUGAUUUGCCGCUUGAGUGUGUCGAUCACUCGGUCAGGAUACGAAGUUUUUGUAAUCGAACCGCCGCUGGUCCUUGGAGCAACUGGGUAACCAACCAUGGAGCCAGAGCAGCAGAUAAAUCCCUGAUAUUCCCUUCCAAACGGAUACUGAAAGAGGGAAGCUCUGCCAUGCUGUGCUGUGUUCCCCCAGUGGGUGUAAACGUCACGCGUAUCACCUUGAGGCAGGACUCCUACCCACUUCUGAGCAUUGGAGAUGGGGUUCAGGCUAUUUUAAUGACCAAUCUGACAAUCCCAAACACCCACAUCAAAAGACUGUUUUUCAAAUGUGUUGAUUCAACAGGAAAUAGCAACUCAGUCGAGAACCACAUCAGCUUUCCUCCUCAAAAGCCCAGAAACCUGAACUGCACAACCUCAGACAUGACGAGCAUCACCUGCAUGUGGGACCCCGGGAGGAAACGAGACGAGUUUGACUUCAAUAACCAGACACACACACUCUACAUUGAGAACACAGACCAGACUCCUGUCCGCUGUCAGCCGCCAUCCUGUACUUUCUCAGCUGUGCCACAGCAGCAGGAAUACAACAUCCGUCUGGAGGUGAAGGACCAGCUGGGAGAAGAGACGGCGACCUACAGCUUCAAUAUCUCUGAGAGAG